UGACUACCCACCCUUGCCAGGACCCUGUGAGGCUGCAGAUCAUCCUUACUCCCUGUUGUCUCCACCAUCGAGUGUUCUCGCAGCCUCCUGCCCUCCUAUGUGCCGCCCGCUGUACCGCACCUCAGCUACUCGACAUUAUCCCGCCUCCCUUCCGUCACUCGGCCGUGCACACCGUCAACGAUGAACCCGCUCUCGGUGCGAUGACCUCUCGUCCUGGCCCGGGAAUCCAUGAGCAGUCCCGUGGCAGUGGUGUGCCUCCUCGGAAUCAGGUGCGGCGGCGGCCCUCGAAGCCGCUGAAUACAGCGCUUCCCCAGCCCGACUGCAUCGAUCCCACUCUUGGGGACGAGCGACCACCCGCACACAAUGGCGCCGGCGAGACAGCAAGACCACUGCCCCGGGGGCGACCGCAGCUGUUCUACGGCACCGCACCGAACGACGGCUACGAGCUGUCUAUCCAUCCCUCCUUCCCAUACCAACCGACCGCGAAUCUACCCGUGCCGCCAAGGCCAGGUUCCGUACACCUGAGAGAUGUAUCGAACCAGCGUCGCAUUGUUCCGGGCGGGACGGGCGUGAAAGAGCACCCCAGUGUUCAAGCGCCUGAGGUUCUGUCUCCACCUGUUCACUUCCCUGGGGGCAAGGCCGCGGAUGUGUUUCCAUGGACCGGCAACUCCCCCGAGGAUACGUUGACAGAGGCGCUGGUCAAGGGCGGUAUCAGCAACAAGCCACAGAUUAUGAACGAGACGAACACAGCUCGGCCCUCGUUAUGGUCGAACCUGAAGAACAAGUCUGGGCUCUCAACAUUGUCGACGCUGUUUGUCGCUGUGCUGGAAAAGCGUCAGCAGACUGGACGUCUCCAGGAGCCGAACACGUUCAAGCCUCCGCCACGCCUCACCCUUCGCGACACGGCAAGAGAACAAUGGCUACACGAUUUGUCGAAUCCAGCCCACGGCCUCCGUCGCUUGAGUCGUACCAUACCCCACGGCCUCACUGGCAAGGUACUGUUGGAGCAGUGCCUUAACAAGAAUAUACCUCUACCAAGAGCGCUGUGGCUGGCCAAAUGUGUGGGCAUCAACGAGCUGCGCGCUCACAAGCGAAAGGGUCAGGCGGGCACUGUGACGUGGGUCCGAGGAUGGACAAGCUCGGUGGAGCAGUUCUUGGACGGUAUUCUCUCCAGUAUUGGCACUGGAGAGUGGAAGAGUCGCAUCACAUACUCACUCCAACUGGCAACUUUCCUAUACAAAGAGUGUCUGCUAGACGUGGACCAUUUCCUCGACUGGAUCCUCCACAGUUUGGGAGCAUGUUCAUCCGAGCGCCUGUUCAUCUGGCUUCUCAUUGUAUCUAUUCCCGCCUAUUGGAAAGAUAUCACAUCGUGUCGAAUGCGCGGCAAGCGUCUGGCAGAGGCGCUGCUCAACCAUGUGACAAAGCUUUCUCAACAAUACGUUCAAACACCACCGUCUAGGUUGUCGCAAUUCCUUGAAAACACCCUGAUCAAGCUCCUCGCCAUACGCCCUGCAUGUCUACUCAUCCCGAGCUCCUGGCGCCAACACAGCACUACUCUCCACAGUCUUGCAGAGAGGAUAAAUCAUCCUCAGAUUGUACAUGGAGUAAAAAGACUAGACGAACGGAAUUGCAGGCUACAGCAGUCGUCCAAAAUUGCUCCGGCCGCUUCCAUGACAUCAGCGGGUCAAGUCUAUCGCAUACUUGACAAUGUCGAUUACAACAACAUGGUCCGUAUAGAGGAGGUCUCUACCGACUGCAUGGAGAUCAUCUCAAACCCUGUCAACCUAGUAUCAGUCCUGUUUCAAUGGGCAUGCUCAUGUUAUCGCGAAGGCUCACACAGAGCAUGCCUGGCGACUCGACUGCUCCGCAGGUGGGCCCAACUUGGUGCAGACAUAUAUGAGUGUAUUACAACAUAUCUUGAGGGUAUGAGUUGGGCUAAGAGCGGCGACUCUCGUAUAAUCUUCAAGAUCAUCUCCGAAUUGGUACGCUCGAGGACAUUUGCAGCUGGUCGUUACAUGCAAUGGCUCAUCGCUACUGGAUCGAUUGCGCAAGAUUUGGAUCUAUCACUGCCUGCGGCGUGGCCUGUACGUCUGAUUACAGAGAUACCCAUCAGUGGAUUACCAGAUCAAGUACGCACUCUGCGCGCAACACUUCUGCGCGGGACUGCGCACUCGGCGGACUGGGAAGAACAGAUCUUGAGCCACGCUAAGCUCGCCAUCUCGCAGCAAAUGCCAGCAUUGUGCGGCGUAGGCUAUUCAGGGUUGGACCAUCCUAAGCUUGACAUUGGCAAGCUUGGAUCUACAGUCAGGAUCGAGCUUGGCAUUUGGCUCCGUCAGCAAGUUGCUCGAUAUGCUGAGGUCAAUGAACACGUACCCACCAAAGACCCUGCUGUUGAGGAGACUGCCGCAGUGUCUUUGAUCACACCGCAUGACUUCCACACGGUCCGGUCUUACCUCGAGCAGUUUGAGGAUCUCCCGCUACUUGCAGAUGUUGUCAAUAUUGUAACCUCAUCAUUGGAUCCAAAUGUACUUGCCUCUGCCACGGAUACGAUGCAUUACCACCUGAAAGCUUUUCGUGCCAUCGGUGCCUUCGACUCUCUGUUCGGGAGAGUGGUGACACGGUAUGCAGCAAUUCGGACUAUACGAUUCCCCGAACGCGAACUACUCCUCAGUCUCACCAAUCUGACGCGAACACUGCGACUGGAUAAUUCGCUCCUGCAGCUGCUGAGCUACGACCUAAGCCGACUGGACCAGAAGAACUCGAUGGCCGCCUGCUCUCCAGCAUCUGAUAACAUGGGUGAGGUGAUGUACAACAUCUUAUCUAGUCCCGAAGACGAAAUCGAACGCAUACUUUCAAGCGGCAAUAGUAUGGAUCAACAGGUUAUGGCUCGAGUACUACGUAAGAUCACCAGUAGUCUACAAGACUGUGUCAGCAAGGGUCUUCUACAGUCCGAUAGCUACUCCGGUUGGUUCUAUCGUCUGCGCAGCUUCGACGAUUCGACUUUCGAUGUGGUACUGAACGAGUGGGUGAACCUUUGCUUGCUGAACCAUCAAGUCGAGGUUCUGUUUCUUGCAUUACCUACCCUGGUGGGAUCAGGGUGUAUGCCUCUUUCUGGGUUUUUGGAUAGCCUGCGAGCUUACGUGGGCAAGACGGCACCCGGACAGCCGGAGAUGGCCUUUCGCGUUGCUUUGGAAGGCUUUCAGAGCCUACUGCCCUCCGAUGUCCUGACAGGCACGUGGUCACCUCAAGACAGAUAUCGCUACCGACUCGAGCAGCAUAAUCUGUGCUAUGAGGCAGAAGCACGUGUGGUUCAGUUCAUCAGCGAACUCAUUGAACUUGGUACAUCCUUACCAGCACAAAAAUUCGGGCAACAGUUGUCCAGCCUCUUGUCCAGCGGUCCAGUGCUUGGUAUUUUGAAACAUUAUACCCUCUCCGACAUGGCUUCGCUCUCUAAGCUCAUGAAAGCAAACUCGAACGAAGGUUUGAAGAGACGGUACCUCAAAGCCGCAUUCGGUCUGUUGUUGGACCCUAUCGGUAAUCAUGGUCUAGCUACGAGAAGUCCAGAACAGCAGAUCCUCGCAAUCUUUGACAUAGCCAGUGAACUUUCAAUGCCGUUCUGCAGAACCAUGGUUCAGCAGAUCUUCGAAACGGAUUCAACAUCUACAGAGCAAUCAUCUGAAGGGCUGUCUGCCGCGCUUCUGAUUGCUAUCAAGUCAGCUCUAGAAAAAGACCAGCCAUCUGGGUUGGAGCUUCUAGCCAUCCUAGAUAGUACUCUCACAGACAAGAUACGACAACACGCCGAACGCGAGAUCAUCGAUGCGUCGUCUUUCCUCACUACAUCGCCGUUCGAUUCGCAGGGCUUAGGCCAGACAUCACCAGCAUUAAUCCAGAAGUAUCUCGCAGUCAUCGACCUGACUACGGGAGAAGCUCCAGAAUCGACUGAUCAAUCGGCGAUGCUGAUGGCACUGACUGAUAGAUUCAAAGGCAUGGCUCAGGCUCUGACUUCUCUGUGUGGUAUCGGCAAGCCACCAAGUCAUAAUGACAGCUUGACAGUGUCAGACUUGUAUACAUGGAUAAACGCUCUAUUCCGCGUCCUCAUCUCGCACAGUGCUUCGCUUGUACGGAACGCAACGCAUCAGCAUCAGACUGCCCUCAUGAUUGCUUUGAAAUCUUUGAUUGUUCAUCCAGCCCUCGAAGUCUAUCCACGGAUCGCCGAAUACAUCUUCGACGUAGCCGUCAUUCUGUCCGAUCUUCUGUCCGACGAUGUCCGCACCCAGCUCGCUCGUGCCGAAAGUACCACAUGCGCGGAUGAUCCUCGAUGUUCUUUCAUCGUAGGCACUACGAUGCCGAUCGAUGGCUGGCUUGUGCUGACCAAGCCUGUGAACCAACCGCAGCCCGCUCAAAAUCUUGCGCCCUCCCAACCGCAGACUCCAGCCCCUAUUCAAAGCCAGUAUCAGAAUCCGCAGAUGCCAGGCUCGGGUGCACCGACACCUCAACAACGAUACUUCGGCCAGCAGCAGCAACGCCAGCAACAAAUGCAAGCGCAGCAAGCUCAGCAAAUGCGAAACUAUCCUCAGUAUCCACAACACACACACCCGCAGAACAAGAUGCUCCCUGCGCAGCUGCAACGGAACCCCUCGAAUCAACUGCCUCCCACACCACUGCAACAAAUGCAACACAUGCAGCACAUGCAGAGCCUUGCGCAACAGCGAGCCACCCAGCCAUCGCCAGUACAGUCUCAGCGUCCUACCCCUGCAGUGGAUGGGCCAGGGGUCACGACCAACAAGCUGCCAGCAGUGCAAGCGAAAGAAAUGAGACAGUUCCCCUAUGCGCAACCAAGAUGGGAGAUUUUGGCCGAAAGUUCUGGCAACCCCAAUGCAAACGAGACAGCGAUCAACCUGAGCUUGUUCGGUGCCAGAAGAGCCUGAAUAACCUUGAGUAUCUCGUCAACAUUUUCUUCUUAUUCCUUCACAUCUAUUUUAGCGUUUCUUUUGUUCGUCAAGUUAGGGUAUAUGGGUUCACAUGCAUGCAGCGUAGCGGUGGCGUUGAUUAUUAGGAAGCUCCCCAUGGCAUGCCUGCAUUACAAUGGCGUCGGAUGCUUUGAUCAGUCAGCAUUAAGGAGUUGUAUAUAUACGAACCUCGAUACAGUGUGAUAUGAUUACAGCAUUUGGGGUGAAGGUGGUGAGAGUUGGAGGCUCUUUGGUUCGUUGCAUAUAAGCACGCAGUAUUCACGGUAGAUCAAGGAGCACGAAGGCACAUGAAACAAUCGUCCGCCAUGUUCCAUUUCCACGCAUACCUAACAAUCUCCUCGAGACCCACUUCAUGUGGACUUUCCGGUGAUCUUCUCGU